AUGGAAACGCUGUACCCGAACCCGAUUACGCCGUCGCAAACCCGAAUCGGAUGGGUCGGAAUCGGCGUAAUGGGCUUCGCCAUGGCCUCUCGCAUCCUCUCUGCGGGCUACACCCUCACCUUCUACGCCCGUAACCCCUCCCACCCCAACGCCAUAGCUCUCAGAUCCCAAGGCGCUACCCAAGCCCAAUCCCUGGCCCAACUGGCCCAACUCUCCGAUGUCCUCUUCACCAUGGUGGGCCACCCCUCCGACGUCCGCGCCCUCCUCGACUCUCUCCUCCCCGCCCUCCGUCCCAAUUCCGUCACCGUCGACAACACCAGCUCCCACCCCAACCUCGCCCGCACAAUCUUCACCCAGGCCCGCGCCCUCGGCGCCUGGGCUGUCGAUGCCCCAGUCUCCGGCGGCGACGUCGGCGCGCGCGACGGCACCCUGGCGAUCUUCGCGGCGGGGGAGAGAAAGGUGGUGGAGUGGCUCCACCCGCUCUUCUCGAUCCUCGGGAGGGAAACCUACAUGGGCCCCGCGGGGUGCGGGCAGAGCUGCAAGAUCGCGAACCAGAUAACUAUCAGCGCGAAUUUGGUUGGGGUGAGCGAAGGUUUGAUUUUCGCGAAGCGCGCGGGUUUGGACUUGAAGGGGUUUUUGGAGGGUAUUAGAGAGGGUGCAGCGGGUUCUAAAGCGUUGGAGAUAUUUGGGCAGAGGAUGAUUGAUGGGGAUUUUCGACCAGGGGGGUUUACGGAGUACCUGGUUAAGGAUUUGGGAAUGGGAGUGGAUGUUGUUGAAGGAGCGAGUGAUGAUGAAGUUGUUGUGUUGCCCGGGGCUUCCUUGUGGAAACAAUUGUUUUCUAGCAUGGUGGCCAAUGGACAAGGGAAGCUUGGCUCGCAAGGGAUUAUCUCUGUCAUUGAGAGGAUCAAUGGGAUGGAUGAACGAAACUGA